AGCCUCGCUCUUCGACAACACCAUGGGAAAGGUUCACGGAUCGCUUGCCCGUGCCGGUAAGGUCAAGUCGCAGACCCCCAAGGUCGAGCCGCAGGAGAAGAAGAAGAAGGUCACUGGCCGUGCCAAGAAGCGCCACCUUUACAACUCGCGCUUCGUAAACGUCACUGCCGCGCCGGGCGCCAAGGUCCAGCGCAACAAGCAGCCGCAGGGCAAGUCGGGUUAAACCGACCCCCCGUCGUCGUCGCUCCCGGACCUCCUCUUCUUUCUCGGGCUCCCAGACGUUUCUCGCUGCGGGAGGCUCGCGUGCGCGUUGGGAUCGACCGGCGUCUCGGGUGUACAUCCGCCAGUUUGUGCAACGAGGCCUCGGCCAACUCGACGCCCUCGCGCGGCCUCCCGAGGCUGUACACAUCACUC